AGAACAUCACUGUGGUCGAUCUCGGUCUUCUGGGCUUUGGUUUAUAUCUCCUCCGGGCGUAUCUUCGUCAAGUCAAUAUGCCCGCACCGCUGCCCCCUGGCCCUCGAGGACUUCCCGUUGUUGGAAAUGUUGCCGACAUGCCCGCCAAGAAGGAGUGGUUGACUUUCGCAGAAUGGGGUCGCAAGUGGGUCUUCUAAGGGUUUAUGUCUUUUCAAAGGCGGGAUAUCCCUUGGUCAUCAUCAAUUCAGCUGACGUUAUGGAAGAGCUUGACAAGAAAGGAGCCAUCUACUCCGACCGACCUCGGCUGGAAAUGGGUGGGGAGCUUGUGGGCUACAACGAAACACUUGUUCUCAUUCCUUAUGGUCCCCGCUUUCGCACUUACCGCAAACAUUUUGCUCGCUAUCUGGGAAACUCGGGUCCCAUCGAGAAGUUGCAUCCUUUAGUUGAAACAGAAACCCGUCGGUUUUUGAAGCUUACUUUAAAGGGGGAUUGUGAUCUCAUGAGUUGUCUCCGAACGCUUGCCGGUGGAAUUAUACUUGGUCUUACCUAUGGAUAUCAGGUCCAGGAGCGGGACGACCCCUUCGUCAACUUGAUAGAACAUGCCAACGGGAACUUCAACGCCGCCUCGAUCCCAGGGGCGUUCAUAGUCGACUUCUUCCCCAUUUUGCGGAGCCUUCCGGAAUUUCUGCCUGGCAUGAGCUUCAUGGAGACAGCACGCCAGUGGCGCAAGGAUACUCAACGAAUGGUCGAUGUUCCCUACAAUUUUACCAAGGACCAAAUGGCCGCUGGGACCGCACCUCCGUCAUUCGUCUCCACAUCGUUUGAAGCCGAAUCAUCCAUGACUGAAGAGGAAAUCCGGGACUUGAAGUUCACGGCGAGUUCCAUGUAUGGAGGCGGUGCUGAUACCACCGUCUCUGCGGAAUAUGCCUUUUUCCUCGCCAUGGUUUUGAAUCCAGGCAAGGACAUUUCACAUCCUACUGAGGUUCAAAAAAAAGCCCAAGCCGAGAUUGACGCCGUCGUCGGCAACGACAGGCUACCCACACUUUCGGACCUUUCUCAUCUUCCCUACAUCAAUGCAGUGGUUACCGAAGUCCUUCGUUGGAACAGCGUAGCUCCCUUAGGCGUGCCCCACCGAGCCGUCGAGGAUGACAUCGUCAACGGGUUUUUCAUCCCCAAGGGCACCAUCAUCAUGGCCAACCUCUGGAACAUGCUCCAUGAUCCCGAAACCUAUCCUGAUCCAUUCACCUUCGAUCCAGAGCGGUACACGACCAAAGGUCAACGUGACCCGCGUAACGUGUGUUUCGGUUACGGUCGUCGUAUCUGCCCCGGGAGGUAUCUUGCUGAAGCUUCUCUUUUUUCAACGGUUUCGAUGUCGCUUUCUGUCUUUAAUAUUGAGAAGGCCCUUGAUGAUCAAGGUACCCCCAUCACUCCCGUCCACGAAAAUACUAGUGGUACCAUCAGUUAUCCCGAGCCUUUCAAAUGUAUCAUUAAACCUCGUUCGGCCAAAGCGAUAGCCUUGGUUUCCGAAGAGCAUUAAGUGGUCCUCUGAUCAAACGCAGACCACAAUCCCCCAGGCCGCGCUCUGCCACUUGUCUGCCACACUCUUUUACGGCUACUAAUAGCCUGUCGCUUCGUAGUCGUAAUUCCCAUGUAAUGAUAUACCCAUGCAUAACGGCAGUCGGGACGAUAACGCUGACGUCGACGA